AUGAGUUCGAACCAGCAAGAGCUAUCAGAACCGCCCAGCGAUGCUAUAUCCGCUCUCAAGUUUGCGCCCGAUUCCUCCUCGCGGUUGCUUGUGUCUUCGUGGGACAGGCACGUAUAUCUCUACGAUGAGCACGAAGGUCAACCCAAUCAGCUCGUGCGCAAGUUCGAACAUCGUGCGCCCGUGCUAGACGUAUGCUUCGGCAAGGACGAUGAUGAAGCUUUUAGCGUAGGCCUGGACUGGGACGUGAGGAGGAUAGAUCUCACAACUGGCGAGCAGUCCAUUCUCUCCACCCACGAAGCCGGCGUCAAGUCCGUCGUGUACAGUUCCGAACAUGACCUUCUCAUCUCCGCCUCCUGGGACAAGACACUGCACAUCCACUUCCCCUCCGACAUGAUCUCUCACGCCCCCAACACCGUCCCGCUACCCGCAAAGCCCUUCUCCCUCUCGCGCACGCCCACCAAACUCGUCGUCGCCAUGGCGAACCGCCUCGUCCACAUCUACGACCUGCGCACACUUGCCCUCCUUUGCUCACAGUCCUCUCAACCACCCCCCAACACCACCGAGCUCGAGCCGUGGCAACAUCGCGAAUCCUCGCUGAAAUUCAUGACCCGCGCCGUCGCCUGCAUGCCCAACGAUGCCGGGUAUGCCUCCUCCAGCAUCGAAGGCCGGGUAGCAGUCGAAUGGUUCGACCCGUCCGAAUCCUCCCAGGCGCGGAAAUACGCUUUUAAGUGCCACCGGCAGGCCUCUGAUAACGGCGUGGAUAUCGUCUACCCAGUCAACGCGCUCGCGUUCCACCCCGUGCUUGGCACGUUCGCGACGGGCGGCGGCGACGGCGUUGUCGCGCUGUGGGAUGCGAAUGCGAAGAGGAGGAUACGGCAGUAUCAGCGGUAUCCGGCUAGUGUGGCUGCGUUGGCAUUUAGUGGGGAUGGGAAGUUCCUCGCUGUGGGUGUGAGCCCCGGGUUCGAGGACGGGGAGGAGGUGCUGGGGGAGGGGGAGGUGAAGGUGUUUAUCAGGGAGUUGGGCGAAAACGAGGCAAAAGGGAAGGGAACGAAGUAG